CGGCGUAUCAGAACGAGCAAUCCGAAUGCUUGGAGAAGCUUAUUGUAGCGUGCUCAGCCGUGCUCCUGUGUUUUAAGAAUCUAAUGGUUGAACACAAGGUGGAUCUUUCGACUUUAUUCAAGAUGGCUAGCCGAGAGAAGGGGGAUAGUGAGAAAAGUGGAGGUGAUGAGGAUGAUGAACACAAAGGAGACUUUGAAGGUCAUGGUGAUAUUGAGGAUAACAGAGAUGAUGAGGAUAAUAGGGAUAAUGAGGAGAGUGGAAACUAUGAAGAGAAUGGAGACCAUGAGGAGGAUGAGGAAAAUCAGGAUAGUCAGGAUGAUGAGGAUGAUGAGAAUAACGAAGAUGACUGGGGGAAUAAGGGAAAUUGGGGGAAUGGAGACAGCGCCAGCGAACGUUCCGAGUUUGAGUGAACCGUACCUACAUAAGGCAGCAAUAUAAUCUGCGACUACAGUGAAAGGCGAAAUGGGUCGCUACAUUUAAAUUAUUAGUCCUGGCA